GUGCAAGCCCUUGGAAUUUAUGAAACUUCAGUUAAUGGACCGGGGAUAUUCAAUUCAAUCCCUUCUUUUCCUUCCUUUCUUAGAUUUUCACCGAGGAAAAUAAAGAUAGUCUAACUAUCUCAAUGGAUCCAAUUCCGCCAAUAUGGCAUCGGUGACAUCGCUUGGGCUGCAUCAGCCCACUGCUCUUCAAUAUGCUGUGCAAGAGCAACUUCUACCGGAAAACCCCCCCUGUUCCUCAUAUGAUUGGAACAUCACCGUCGAACAUGCUAUCGAUGAAGAAGGGGAAGAUGAGCUUCUAGUCACUAAAGACACAGUUAUCUGGUCUAGAGGAUGUGUUUUCCGAAAAGCCUUCGGCUUCAAGCUUGAGAAGGAACCCAUUACUCAGGCCCUCUUAACUUAUUUUCCAAAUUAUGAAGGCGACGAAGAUGCACAAGAAAAUAAGUCGGGAAACGAUCGAGGUCAACCCGCCAACUAUGAGAGGCCGUUGUCGAAAGCUUUGGUGGUUUUCCUAAAAACCCAGGCUCACGUUUACUUCCUCGACGGGACUAGUCACGUGGUGCAUAUGCCCUUCGAGGUUGAAUCCGCAUGUGUUGCUCCCCGAGGUGUUAUAAUACAGCGAAAGCAACGAACUGAUAGCGGUUUGACUUCAAGCCUGAAAUUUCCUCGGGUCCCACAUAACUCAUUCAUCUCGAAUCUCUCUCCAUUGUCUGCUCGAUCCUCCCAGCAAAGCACUUUCUCCACCGAGUCACUCGGUAAGCCGAAGGCCCUUCCUCUGAGGUUAAAUGCCAACCUUGAAAAUUUGUGGGAUGUCCCCGAAGAGAAGAAUGAUUCGCAGUGGCCACGUCUAGUGGCUCUUACUGAUCCUCUACUGGAACUCGGAUUGGUAGUUACUCAUCCCGAUAGGUCUGCUAAGCGGAAGAGUGGUCGGAAUUCAGACAAAUCUCCUAAUUUCCUUGAUCGGGCAGAAGAGAUAAUACACAUUGAGGAAAUACCGCACCACCAAGCCUAUAGGAGAGGUAAGGGGAAGCUGGUUCUUGCAGUGACCGUUAACAGAGAGCUCUGCGUGUAUACCGUCUGGAAGCUUACCUAUAUCCAUAACGAAGAUCCGUUCAUCAAUGGACGAAAAGUUACCAAGAAGACAGAUAGGCGACGCAGCUCGAUGCAGCCAGGCUUGACCAGCGGUGCCACGACACCGUUGCACCCAACUUUUAGGGAGAGUUUCGGUGCUCCUCUGCCCGGGAAACGGGCACGCAAGAGUGAAAAGGUCGAAAAGAAUGACAAGAUCUUAGAGAACCUUGAAUCUUCGCUUGGUAUUGAAAAGGAGUCGGGUGUGACACGACGAACUUCUCGUCGUGUAAGCUCUAUGCUCGCCCGCGCCGACCUCUCUGCAUCCCAGGAUAGGACAGCAUUUUCCGAGCAGGCUCAAAUUUCCAAUCACCCAAAUGCGAGAAGAGACACCUCACACGGUAGUCAUCGAGGCCGAACUAGUGGUGUCAGCUUCACUGGAGUUCCCAGCCACGGGGUGAAUACUCUCUUAGAAGCCCCAGUAGACAGUUUGCUAGAGGAACUUCGUGCCGGCGGUGACUUCGAGGGUUUCCAUAGUAUGGGUUUAGACGACCAUGAUUUCGAUGGGCUUACCCAGGAAGUACUAUUCACGAAGAUCCAUAGUGUUCCCAUCGACAAUAGCAACAUUCGGUACUCUCUCUCAAAACAGCCUGCACGGACGCAAUGUAAGGUUUUCUGCUUGGUCGGCCCGGAGUCUAUAGACGAUAUGCACAAUCGCCAGCAGGUUUUGGUGGGAAUCCAAGACCCAAUGGAGAAGCGCCUACAACUAUUGACUCUUUACUUACAGUCGGAUAAGUCGUCUAAUCAUGACAGGACCGUCGUGACGUUUGGGCAACUCAGAAAAGCUCAAAACGUCAUAGACUCGUGUAAGAUUGUCGAUGGUGAGACUUCGAUGAUUCUCCUGUUGUCACAAUCUGCCGAAGGACAGCGCGAUCUCAGUAUUCAAGCGCCUUGGUCUCAAUUGACACCUAUCACAUUACCACCAAAAUUAUCACUUGCCAAUUUACGUAGCCUCGACUAUUACGGCAGUCUCAUCAAUCGUGAUGUUGGCAUUAGGAGAGCUGUAACUCCCGUGAUCGGAGAGAUUGCCGGCCUACGACAUCCCAAACUACAUGGUGUCGUGGAUAUAUUGGAUGAGGAUACACAGCAACUGCACCAGAUCCGUAUUCAGCUCCAGCCUACAUCCCCGCGAGUUCUAAAAGUUAUCAAAGUCCUGCGAUCUGCUCUACCAGCGUCCUCCGGGGAAAAGUUAAUGUCAAAUUGGUGGGAGGUCAUCACAUGGCUUCGGCAACAAGAAAUUGAUGUUGUCGAUAUCGAGUGGUCCGCUGUUGUUAUCCAAAUUCUCGCUAUAUAUCUGGCUCUCGGCGUUGACGGAACUACAUUGCCAGUAGAAGGUAGACCCCGGAGAAAAUCUAGAGGCAAUCUUAGAUCAAGUAGUGGGGCUCAUAUCGAUCUCGGUGACUGGGAUACAAUGAACACCUAUGAGACGCCUGGAUCAUUGACCCAUCCACCUUGGAUAGAUAGCAAGGCAUGGCAAUGGAUCAUGGAAGAAGAAGAUUCAUCUCCAUCGAUGUUUCGUCAAAGCUCUGGGCAGAAAAACACGUCCUUCAUUUCUUUACACACCAAACACGCCUUAGCGUACAUAUCUUCCAGUCAAGGAGAUACUGCCUUUGGGCAGAGCGGAUACUUCCCAACCUGUUCGAAAAAUGACUAUUUGACUCGAACGCGAUAUGCCCAGGAUGUUUUCCUUGCGCUACAUUUGCUUCUAGAGGAGCAGAAACUAGAUAUUACGUCUUCCCACGCGUCGUCGCCGGGGUCAGUCGAUUUACGAGCCGUACUUCUCCAACUCUCCCGAUGGCUAAAGUGGCGUGAUUGGGUGACUUCCUACGAACUUGAAAUGCCGUUAGAUUGGCCAGAGCAGUCGUCAGAUGCUAAUGACAUUUCUAUCUUGCUCAUACCGCCGGAGCCAGCAUACUGGAAUGUUUUCGACUGGAUCCGAACAAGCCUGUCCCAAGAGCCAACCCAAUCAACAUUCGUACCACCGAUAAGGUCGGUUAUGAUGUACUCAGCGAUCCCUCGUACGAAAAUGUUUGAGGACCUCUUCAAAAUGCUUUCCUGGAAAAGUCGAACACCAAUAGAUUAUGCAGAAGCAAUGUAUGAAAGUGGCGUUACGUCGGCCAUAUUAGAAUCGCUACCGGAAUAUGUCCUUAUACCCCUUCAAGACGCAAUCGCCCGAUGUCAACCAGCUCCUCCAUCUGAAUGGUCAAAAGGGUUGCUUAAUCUAGUCAAUCGGAGCGACAUAGGCUCGAUUUUAACGCGGUCGAGUAGACUUCAUGUCGGCUCGACUAGUAUGCUCGCUCCUACUCAUAUUGCGUCGUGGGAUUUUACUUCUCUAUGCCAGAACGUCAUGGAGUAUAAUGAUGCACCUUCCGACGACAUCGCGGAGAGUGAUAAACAAGCAGUGAUUCGUGCCAUCUUCAAAGAUGACCGACGACUUGAUGAGAUUAAGAUGAUGCUCAACACGACAAAACCCCGAAUUAUGCGAUUAGACCCACUUCCUGAAUGGACGGAACCAUAUUACCUCGAACAGCAAAAGGAGAUGGUAACGAGGCUUGCUAAUAACACCUUGUCUAUACCGGCUGGUCGCGGUUUGAUGAAUUAUGGACUACGAUUCCCUCUCCUAACGCAGAAGUUCCACAUCAACGGUUUUGUUCUUAACUGUACCGUUAGACCCAAUAAUGUAACUGUAGGAGUAGACAAGACGCUUUUUACAGAAGAGAGAAUUGCUUGGGCUUUCUUCCAUUCCGGAGUCGCUGGUGGAUUGUCCAUCUCUCGCCAAGCUAAAGGAAUAGACACGUCCUGGAUUCUCUACAACAAACCCGGCAAUGAUUUAAGUAAUCGACAUGCUGGGUUUCUUCUAGCUUUGGGCCUCAAUGGGCAUUUAAAAGGUGUAGCAAAAUGGGUUGCUUUCAAAUAUCUUACGCCGAAGCAUACCAUGACAUCUAUCGGCCUACUCCUAGGACUGGCCGCAUCAUAUAUCGGAACGAUGGACUCUCUCAUCACCCGUCUACUAUCUGUCCACGUCACGCGAAUGUUGCCCCGUGGUGCUGCCGAGCUAAACCUCUCCCCCCUAACACAAACAACAGGUAUCAUGGGUAUCGGUCUGCUAUAUUGCAAUAGCCAACAUCGUCGGAUGAGUGAGAUCAUGAUGUCCGAAAUCGAACAUGUUGAGCCCGAAGACGACGAGGAACCACUCCGCACCGAAUGCUACCGGCUAGCAGCAGGCUUCGCUCUUGGUUUUAUUAACCUAGGAAAAGGAACCGACCUAAAGGGCCUACAUGAUAUGAGAGUCACCGAAAAUCUGCUGACUCUUGCCUCCGCGACUAAAAAAGCCGAACAUGUGCAUAUUUUGGACAGAUCCACCGCUGCCUCUGUAAUGGCCAUUGCACUCAUCUAUAUGAAGUCGGAAGAUCACAUUGUGGCCCGGAAAAUUGACGUUCCCGACGCACCUCUACAAUUCGACUAUAUUCGUCCCGAUAUCUUGUUAUUACGCACAGUCGCCAAGCACCUUAUUCUCUGGUCGGAAAUUGAGCCAACGCAGGAUUGGGUCCGUAAAAAUCUUCCGCGCCGUUACCAUACGAGACUACAGCCACCUCCAUAUCCUCUAGAUCAUCCUUCCCGUGGUCCGCUCAACUCGACACAUCUACCUUUCCUCACAAUUCUAGCGGGUCUUUGUUUUGCAAUAGCACUGCGCUUUGCUGGUUCGGGGAACGUGAAAGUCCGCGACCUCUUACUUUCUUACAUCCGUAAAUACUAUGCGCAAUGCUGUCAUCCUAACCCGAAAGCCAAUUUCGAUGAUAGGAUUGUUCAUGUAACGGCCGGUAUGUGCCUUGAUGUAGUCGCGCUGUCUUGCGCGACUGUUAUGGCUGGCACCUGUGACCUGGAAGUACUUCGAUAUCUACGCUCUCUUCAUAGCCGAAACGACUUAGAAACAACCUACGGCUCGCACAUGGCAAUACAUAUGGCUAUGGGUGUACUCUCGCUUGGUUGUGGCACACAGACUUUCAACACCUCGAACUUGGCCAUCGCUUCGCUACUCGUUGCUUUCUAUCCCGUUUUUCCGGAUUCGGUGCAAGAUAAUAAAAGCCACUUACAAGCGUUCCGACAUUUCUGGGUACUAGCCACCGACCCGCGCUGCCUAGUGACGAAGGAUGUAGCAACGAACGCCCCCGUAUCUAUGCCCGUCGUCAUCCGUCUCAAGAACUCCGAGGAGGAAGACGUGCGCAUGACGCCGUGCCUCUUACCUCCGCUGAGCGACAUCCAAAUUGUCCGGACCCUGUCUCCCGAAUUCUGGAACCACGAGCUCAACUUCGAGACGCACCCAGAGUACGCGGGCGCUUUCUCGCGCUCACAAGCGCUAUAUCUCCGCCGACGGCCUGUUAGCGACAGCCCGUUCGCGACGACGAUGCUGACGCUCGGCCGCAACGGCAGCCUCAGCGGCUGGUCUCUGUACACGGCAGCGCAGCCGCUCGAGUGGCUCUUCGACAGCGUGCCUACCUUGCACAAGCUGACGCACGCGGAGCGCGGGCUCGUCCUCGAUCGCGGGCUCGCGGGCCCCGACGCGAGUAACGGCUCCGUCAGCGCCGUUGACGCGCGCCUUGUGCUUCAAGACAUCGUAAACAGCGGCAAUAGAGACGACUUGCUAGGGCUGAAAGGCCUGUUCGAAUGGGCUGACUGGAGGGCCGGUAAGGCCCAGGAGGAGCGAGAAAAGGAGAAGGAAAGGGCGAAGGCUAAGGGGAAGGCGGAAGAAGUCAAGACGCUGAUCGAGCAUAAUAAGCAGAAGCAGAAGCCGCCGCAGUGGAGCGGGGAGGGCUGGCUGAGGGAGAGUAUCGUCGAGGCUUUGAGGGGCGGGGUGUGGCUUGCUGCGAGGGAAUGAUGCGCCCAGUAGUAAAGGACCCGUAGAAGUUGGGACAUAUGGCUUAUUAGUGGAGGUUGAGGGUAGAUAUGCGAAAGAGCAAAGGACUUUACUUUGGUCUGCAUAUUCGUACGUAUAUGAGACUAUGGACAGAGGGAAAAUACGAU